AAUUGUGACUGAAAAAUGGGGAAAAAGCAAAUAAUGUUGCCGGCGAUUGAAGUAGACCUUACUGCAGUCAAAUAUAUGCCAGAAAAAAUUGAAGCUCCACAUUUGACGGGGUUUUGGUUCAAGUUGUUUGUUAAAGUAAUGGAGGCACCUGUAAUUGGUUCUUUAAUUGCUAGUCAUCUGAAGGAGAAGAAUGGGAUUACUGAGAUUCUGAAGAAUACUGUGAUACCAGAGGUUCCCAUGUUCAUUCCCCAGUUUCCUCUUCAAGAGCCAGAGCCUGGUGUUGUUUGCUUAGAAGAAGAUGGAAAACCUGAAGAACGGGUUGCUUUAGCAUUGAAGUGUCUUCCACAUUAUGAUCCUACUUGCAGAUGGAGUUCUGAUUCAGGAGAACCAUUCCAAUUCCGCUAUUGGAAAAUUCGUGAUUAUGGAUAUGCUUACAGAUCUAAGCUUACGACCCCAUCUAUGGUUGCAGAACACUUUAUCUCAGCAAUGGAGGUAUUUAAUAGUAAGCAGCAAUCAGCACCACUAUUAAUCUCAUUUGACCCCGAGGAAGUGAGAAGGCAAGCGGCAGCUUCCACUCAAAGAUUUGAGGAAGGAAACCCAUUGUCAAUCUUGGAUGGGAUUUUCAUUGCAGUCAAGGAUGACAUUGAUUGCUAUCCUCAUCCUUCAAAGGGUGGUUCUAAAUGGUUUCACGAGGUUCGCCAGGUAAAGGCAGAUGGGGUUUCUGUGUCAAGAUUACGAAACAGUGGUGCAAUUUUAGUAGGAAAGACAAAUAUGCAUGAGUUUGGUAUGGGCACAACAGGAAAUAAUCCAAAUUACGGUACACCUGGAAAUCCGCAUAAUCCAAAAAGGUACACAGGUGGUUCUUCCUCAGGUUCAGCUGCAAUUGUUGCUUCUGGAUUGUGCUCAGCAGCAUUGGGAACAGAUGGUGGAGGUUCAGUACGAAUUCCUGCUUCUCUUUGCGGGGUUGUGGGCUUGAAAACAACAUUUGGACGGACUGACCUGACAGGGUCACUGUGGGAAGCAGGAACUGUCACAAUUAUUGGACCCAUCACAGCUACAGUUGAGGAUGCCAUACUCGUGUAUGCAGCAAUCUCGGGAUCCUCUCCAGCUGAUCGAAUUCGGCUGAAUCCUUCCAUCCCUUGUUUACCAGAUUUAUCUUCCAGUGAGAGUUCAAGUAUCUUGGGAUCACUUACCUUGGGAAAGUAUACAAAGUGGUUUAACGAUGUUAGCUCGACCGACAUAUCUGAUAAGUGUGAAGAUGUCCUAAACCAACUAUUUCGUCUGUAUGGGUGCAAAACAACAGAGAUUGUCAUACCGGAGCUUCGUGAGCUGCGCACAGCCCAUACUGUUACUUUUGGAUCUGAAUCACUGUGCUUACUGAAUCCUGAUUGCGAGGCUGGGAAAGGAGUUAGAUUGACUAAUGAUACUCGCACAAAUCUGGCACUUUUCAGAUCAUUUGCAGCAUCUGACUAUAUAUCUGCCCAGUGCCUUAGGCGAAGGAUAAUGUACUACCACAUGGAGAUUUUCAAGAAAGUAGAUGUCAUUGUAACACCUACCACUGGAAUGACAGCCCCAGAAAUUCCAGAAAGUGCUCUUGCAGUUGGAGAGACAAAUUUGCAAGUUGUAGCAAGCCUAAUGCAAUUUGCUAUGACAGCAAAUGUUCUUGGACUUCCGGCAAUUUCUGUCCCUAUUGGUCAUGAUAAGCAAGGACUUCCAAUAGGCUUGCAACUUAUUGGUCGUCCGUGGUGUGAAGCUUCAAUCUUGCGUUUAGCUGCUGCAAUAGAGGAAAUCUCUGCAGAGUAUAGGAAGAAGCCAGUGGAGUUCUAUGACAUCUUGAAAGGGAAGUCUAAUUUUAACAGUUUCCAUGACUGACUACACUGAAAGAAAGUGAGCAAUUGACAG